AUGGAAGCGGCAAUGGUGGCCGUGGCGCUGGGGUUCCUCCUCCUGGCGGGGGCCGGGGCCUCGGCCGGCGACGAGGCCCGGGAGGCGGCGGCCGUGCGGGCGCUCGUGGUCAGGCUGCUGGGGCCCGGGCCGGCGGCCGACUUCUCGGUGUCGGUGGAGCGCGCCCUGGCGGCCGAGACAGGCUUGGACACCUACAGCCUGAGCGGUGGCGGCGGGGCGCGCGUGCGGGUGCGGGGCUCCACCGGUGUGGCGGCCGCCGCGGGGCUGCACCGCUACCUGCGCGACUUCUGCGGCUGCCAGGUGGCCUGGUCCGGCUCUCAGCUGCACCUGCCGCGGCCGCUGCCCGCGGUGCCUGACGAGCUGACCGAGGCCACGCCCAACAGGUACCGCUAUUACCAGAAUGUGUGCACGCAAAGCUAUUCGUUUGUAUGGUGGGACUGGGCCCGCUGGGAGCAAGAAAUUGACUGGAUGGCGCUGAACGGCAUCAACCUGGCGCUGGCCUGGAACGGCCAGGAGGCCAUCUGGGAGCGGGUGUACCUGGCCUUGGGCCUGACCCAGUCAGAGAUCAAUGAGUAUUUCACUGGUCCUGCCUUCCUGGCCUGGGGGCGCAUGGGCAAUCUGCACACCUGGGGUGGCCCCCUGACCCGCUUCUGGCACAUCAAGCAGCUUUACUUGCAGCAUCGGAUCCUGGACCGGAUGCGCUCUUUCGGCAUGAUCCCAGUGUUACCUGCAUUUGCAGGGCAUGUCCCCAAGGCUAUCACCAGGGUGUUUCCACAGGCCAAUGUCACCCAGUUGGGUAGUUGGGGACACUUCAACUGCUCCUACUCCUGCUCCUUCCUUCUGGCUCCAGAAGACACUGUAUUCAGCCUCAUCGGGAGCCUCUUCCUAUGGGAACUGAUCAAAGAGUUUGGCACAGACCACAUCUAUGGGGCUGACACUUUCAAUGAGAUGCAGCCUCUCUCCUCGGAACCCUCCUACCUCACUGCAGCCACCGCUGCUGUCUAUGAAGCCAUGAUCACUGUGGAUCCUGAUGCCGUGUGGCUGCUCCAAGGCUGGCUCUUCCAGCACCAGCCCGAAUUUUGGGGACUCCCCCAGGUCAAGGCUGUGCUGGGGGCCGUGCCCCAAGGUCGCCUCCUGGUUCUGGACCUGUUUGCUGAGAACCAGCCUGUAUACACCCGCACAGCCUCCUUCCAGGGCCAGCCCUUCAUCUGGUGCAUGCUACAUAACUUUGGGGGUAACCACGGCCUAUUUGGAGCUCUGGAGGCUGUGAACCAAGGCCCCAAGGCUGCUCACCUCUUCCCCAACUCCACCAUGGUAGGCACUGGCAUAGCCCCUGAGGGCAUUGGCCAGAAUGAAGUGGUCUAUGCCCUCAUGGCCGAACUGGGGUGGCGGAAAGAGCCAGUGCCAGAUUUGGCAGCCUGGGUAAGCAACUUUGCUGCAAGGCGGUAUGGGGUCUCCCAGCGGGAGACAGAGGCAGCCUGGAGACUACUGCUCAGAAGUGUCUACAACUGCUCUGGCGAGGCCUGCAGGCACAACCACAGCCCACUGGUCAAGCGGCCAUCCCUGCAGAUGAAUACCACUGUCUGGUACAACCGAUCAGAUGUGUUUGAGGCCUGGCGGCUGCUGCUAAUAGCUGCUUCCAACCUGACCACUAACCCAGCCUUCCGCUAUGACCUGCUAGAUGUCACCCGCCAGGCAGUCCAGGAGCUGGUCAGCUUGUACUAUGAGGAGGCGAGGACUGCCUAUAUGAACAAGGAGCUCAUUUCCCUGCUCAGAGCUGGAGGCAUCCUGGUCUAUGAGCUUCUGCCUGCAUUGGACCAGGUGUUGGCUAGUGACAGCCGGUUCUUGCUGGGCAGCUGGCUGGAGCAGGCCCGAGGGGUGGCAGUCAGUGAAGCUGAGGCCCAUUUGUACGAGCAGAACAGCCGCUUCCAGCUGACCUUGUGGGGGCCUGAGGGCAACAUUCUAGACUAUGCAAACAAGCAGCUGUCUGGACUGGUGGCUGAUUACUACAAGCCCCGCUGGGGCCUGUUCCUCCAGACCUUGGUGGAUAGCUUGGCCCAGGGUGUCCCUUUCCAACAGCACCAGUUUGAUGCGAAAGUCUUCCAGGUGGAGCAGGCCUUUGUUCUCAGCAAGAAGAGAUAUCCUAUCUACCCCCAAGGUGACACUGUGGACCUAGCCAGGAAGAUUUUCCUCAAAUAUUCCCCCCGGGGGGUUGCUGGAUCUUUGUGACAGAUUAAUCACCAUCCAGUCAUGGUCAUGUUCUCCUGUACUGCAGGCUGGGACAGGUUUUGAAGCCUGGGACUAGAUAAAGCAUCAUCAUAGGGUGUCCCCACACCUGGAAAGAGGAGGCAUGCAUGGUUUGGAGGAAAAUGAGCUGCCCACUGCUGCCAACCCCACAUUUGGUAUUAAAGUACUGUUUUCUGCCAACUUAAUAAACUGAUGAAUUGUUGUGAGUCUGUCAGAAUGAAAAGGUCAUUGCCAAGAUGUGUAUAGCAUGGACCCUGGGGUGGGGCCAAUUCUCCCUCCCCUUGUCUCAGU